AUGCGUGUUUCUACAGUGAGCUCCGGAGCCGAAACAUGGCCUCAGGCUCCGCCAAUUGCAGUCUUCAUCCGCAAUUUGAAGCUCUUGCGUCUUGAUCUGCGUCCGGACUGGCCCGGAAUUGUGCCAUCGACGCUUUCUGAUAACCAGAAUAAUCUGCGAAGACGAGUACAGGCGGUGGAAUGGACGUUGUUUUACCUAUUCCAGCUGUGGGAUCCUGAGCUCACCAGAAACAAGCUCCAACCCUUUUUCCCGCCACUUGAACCUCUACAGUCGUCAAACCUUCGGGCUGCUCUCUUCCGAUCACUUUCGGAGCUGACAAAAAAUGGAACUCUGGGAAGGGAGAGAAUCUUGCGGAAAGCAAUGCUCGAAGAGUGCACUGGAGAGAAGUUUGAUGAAAUCCUAGCCGAGUUCUCUACGAUCGUCCUACGAAAAGUUGUAGCCUCAUCUCGUGAAUACCGCACUGGAGCCCCUCCGUUGUCACUCCCUAUCGGCAAGCGAGGCCCCCCAAGUGAUACUCAAAACCUACUGCCGAUGAUCAUUGCAUACCGUGCAUCCCUACAUUCCAUGAUAGACCAGAAAAAUGAGUUGAAUUCGACAUGUCGAGACCUGAAGCAAUUUCUCCAUUUGAAAUCUAAUGAGUUAGCAAAUUCAAGACGCAUGCCCAAACCGUUAGCCUCAGAAUUGAGAUAUCAACAGCAAAUUCAAGACUCUAUCAACAGAUCAUGGCAUGGCGAUAUUAAUUGGGCCAACACAAUUUUGAAUGGAGAUCCACAGGCUGUCUCAGAACCAUUGCUUGAGAUGGACUUUUCGCAGGUGUGGUCCGGCAUGAAAAAAGUAGAGGUCAAAAAUGAUAUUGAGUCGCCAAAUCAUCCAGACCUAUUAGCGGAGUUGGAGGACCGCCUCUCAAAACAGAAAUCCCGGCUUCAAAAGUGGCGGAAAUUUAAAGAUUCACUAGAACUGGACAGCCUACGAACUCGGUUACAACGAUCAGAAGAUUACAAGGAACCCGAGGUCGUGCCUCAAGAACAAGACGGCACCAUAGAUCCGUUAGCCGAACAUGAUGAAACGCAAAAGACACCCACACGUUCUGCUAACAUUGAUAUAAACUCGAUGGUUCCUUUAGAACAAGAGAUCUAUUAUACCCCUGAUGCCUCCCCUAAUCCAAAAACUAUUAAUGAUACAAAGCCCGUCCAGAGGGAAACUUCUGUGUCUCAUGAGGCCUCGGAAGCAACAAACUUAAUCAAAGCAGAUACUUCUGGAAAUUUAUCGACAGAGGACUUGCUCGCCAUGCAAUUAGGCGCCUUGUCUUUGGAAAAGGAUAACCACCCUGAAUUACCUGAGACUAACCCUAAAAUCGAUGACCACCCGAUUAUAGGUGAUAAACGUGGUAUUCAGGAUGAUGGAGCACAGCCUCAACACGACGAAGACCCCGUUUCUCGGGCUGCUACUCUGUUGGAGCGCACUAGACAGUCUAUGCUGUUUGUAUCUGCUGCGACUCCUCGUCCAUGGAAGCCAAUUUCAGAAAACCGCCGACAGUCCCAGCUACUUCUCCCCGGUGAUCCAUUCGAAACACCUGAGAAAAGAGCCGAAAAUAAGGAAAAACCUAACGCUGAAGCAACAGAUGAAGACCGAUAUAGUGACUACGUUGAUUAUGAUAGUGUGUUCAAAAGUAGACCGAAAGUCGCAGCAAGCCCUAUACCUUUUGAGUCGGCACAAUCAAAGACAUCUGGUGAAGAGAACCAAGAGGAGGGCUGCAGUUUGAGUGAACUUGGACUUGAUAGUUCCCCUUUAGGAAAAGUGAAAACCCGGCCAAGGGCCCAAACUGCUAUUCGGCACCCGAUACCACCCGAAGAUAAUGCAGAAACGACAUACUGA